UCGAUCGCCAACACUAUUAUAGUGAUAGUCAAUGAACGAAAAUUUAAUUUCGUGAAUUUGUGUUUUUUAUACAUUAUUUAACAUUAACUGCGAUUUGUGUGAGUGAUUAGGUAUUCUACAAAUAAUAUAAACAAAAAUAAAUCUUCACAUAAGCUAAACAAGAAGGAGAGAAACUUGUCACAUAUUCAUCAUGAUUAAAAUAAUAGUGUUUCAUCUAUUGGGAGUGUUACAAUUUGGAUUUGGUUGUUACUAUGAUGCUAUGUAUGUUACCAUUCCAAGUACUUCCAGAACAAUUGCUUUUUCACCAUUUGGUGGAAAACUCAAGUACUUGACCUACUUGAAUGCGUUACUGCAAACAGCAUAUUUUGCCAUUUCAUUAGUGAAUGAUAUCAUUGGAACAAAUGAGCCCUCUCCUGCUGGAAAACCACUUAUCAGGCGGGUAAAAGAUGUCAUGUUUAGUUCAUUAGCAUUUCCACUCUCCAUAUUUGUGGGCACCACUUUUUGGGGGAUAUAUGCAGUUGACAGAGAAUUAAUUUUACCCCGGAGUCUUGAUGCCUAUUUUCCACUUUGGUUGAAUCAUGUUAUGCAUACAAAUAUUGUCGUAUUCUCUGUUAUUGAACUUGUAACAUCCUUCAGAAUGUAUCCAAGUAGAAAGACAGCCUUAUCACUUCUGGGCUCAUUCAUGUUGUGCUAUGUAAUAUGGAUUCAUGUGAUUUACUUCCACACUGGUGUGUGGGUGUAUCCAAUUCUGAGUGUGCUGAACUGGCCUCUUAGAGUAAUGUUCUAUCUCUUUUCAUUAGGACUUGUCUGUGGCUUAUUUGUCAUAGGCGAGAGAAUGAACGAAUUUGUAUGGGGUAAUGAAAUACAGAAAACUGUUAAGGGAUCUAAGAAAAAAUCACAUUAAUUCAUGUAGAGUGGGCUACAUGAAUAAUAUACCACCUUCAUACAAUUGGUAUCAAGAUAGUAUCCACUUUUCUGUAGCCCAUUAGAGAAAAUGUCAGAUAGUAUUGUUUAAAAUAAAUGCUCUGGGUAUGGGUUAUAAGUAGUCAAAUUAUAUGAUUUUUUUUAUUUAUUUAGUACUUAAUUUACUGUGGGCAUAAUUAUUUUUAGCUGAUUUAUUUAAUUCUAAUUGACAAAAAGGCCAAUUAAAUAUCUCAAGAGUUCAAAUGGAUAUGAUAUCAUUCAAUGACUUGCAUAAGUAAAAGGCAAAGUCCACACAACAAUUGUUAUAAAAUUUGCAUUAGAAUGAGGCUCUAUUUGUGAUAGCUACUUAAGCAUUAUAACAUAAGGCAGUUGUUGAAAUUUUUACCAUUUAGGAAUUUAAUUUACUUUAAUGUAUGAAUGAAAAUUAAUGUGACAAUUAAUUGUUAUAAAUAUGCAACUGUAUGUUUGUAGCCAAGCAUUUGUAGUAAUGAAUGACAACUUGUGUGGGAUUUAUCAGUAGUGCCUUAAGCAGGCCAUGCCUCCAAGUGUUCAUUUAUGCCAGAAAUAGUAAAAUAAUUUGGAAAAUGUAAUUAAUUCGUAUGUACUAACAAACUAAAUAACGAUGAUAUUAAUGGAAAACGCAACUUUUAGUUUGAACUGAAAAUAAUUUUGUAAUGUUUAAAUGUAGGUACCUAUAUCCACUGUGUCACAAAUAAAUGCCUAAGAAUCUAGUACUUUAAAAUAAUUAAGGACUUUUAAGUGUUGGUUGUGAUCGUAUUCAAAGAGCAAUAGAUUUAUAUGUGUAGCACAAAGUAACCAUAAAUAAAAGUGCACAUACAGUUUCUGGUAUGGUGCAGGCAAUAUAAACAUUAAGGAUAUGUAACAUUUUUUGGCUAUCAAAUUCUAUUUUUUAAUAUCAAGGACAAGUUGGCAUCUUCACGAUUGAGGCGAAAUUAUAAAAGUCCAAAUUACUAUGUAAGGCUAUGUAGUUGACUACCUAUUUUUUUCUAUAGAAAUUCCUUCCAGUUCCAAAACCUAUGUUUAUAUAUUAUAUGAAUAUUUUUAAUUUUCGACUUUUUAUGAAAAAUCUUAAGAACGAAGCAACUCAUGGCGUUCAUUUGGACAUAUGCUUUUAUACAUGAGAUAAAUUGACCUAUUUAAUUCGAUGUUUUCUGUUAUGUAAUUUUUAUAGUAGUUUUAAUACGAGCAGAAAUUUUGUAUACCAAAGAUUGUCUCUUUGUAAUGUUUAUUAAAAUGUCGCUUGAACGUUUUCAAUGCACCCUCAAUUUAAAGGUAUUACAUUACAAGGACAAGAGACAUGGACAAUGAUUACAUUGGUGUCACUGUUUAAGAGAAUUUUAAUUUGAUGGGAGCAAUACUGAACAUUGUAUCAUUGGUGACACUGUUAAACAGCAUUGUAAUUUGAUGGGAGCCAUACUAAACAUUGUAUCAUUGGUGACACUGUUAAAGAGCAUUUUAAUUUGAUGGGAGGAAUAUUGAACAUUGUAUCAUUGGUGACAUUGUUAAAGGGCAUUGUAAUUUGAUGGGAGCAAUACUGAACAUAGUAUUUUGUGUUUCAAUGUGCAUUAAUCUUAAUUUACAUUCCAAUUUGCUAUUUAUUUUGUGAUAAAACAAUGUUUUCAUACGUAAUAAACAAGUUAAUUUAAA